AUGCCUCUACGAAUGAGCAAGUGGCGAGACGGAGGGCUAUCAGUUACGUCACAGGGUAAGGCGAAGACGACUCGUAAAUUUGCGCAAGUUAAACGUCUACUUAGCCCAAAGGAUGCUCGUUUAAAAGAAAACAAGUUGAAGCAAAGAAAGAAGGAGGAAGAGGAGCGCGAGAAGGCUGUCAAGAGGAUCCCACAACUUCCGUCGUCACUCUUCUUGCAGCACAAUACUGCACUUUCACCACCCUACAGAGUCUUAAUAGACACCAAUUUCAUAAAUUUCAGUCUGCAGAACAAGCUUGAUCUGGUUAGUGGGAUGAUGGAUUGUUUGUAUGCAAAGUGUAUACCUUGUGUGACGGAUUGUGUACUGGCUGAGCUGGAGAAGCUUGGCCCACGUUACCGCAUCGCGUUGCGCAUAGCACGCGACCCGCGGUUUGAGCGUCUCGCAUGUACGCACCAAGGCACCUAUGCGGACGAUUGUCUCGUACAACGUGUUACGGCGAGUCGGUGUUACAUCGUGGCGACGUGCGACAGAGAACUGCGCCGCCGUAUUCGCAAAGUGCCUGGUGUCCCUCUCAUGUACAUUGUAAGACGGAGGUAUGCGAUUGAACGGCUUCCAGAUCAGGGCGCUCCUGUUUAGUCGCCAAUCUUGUGGUCUUCGUAGCGGAGAAUGGAAGGGGUGUGUUGCCAGGAGGUCGAAAUAUUUCUGUAGCUUACUGUACUUUUUGUCUAAUUUUACGAAUUUAAGCCUCAUUGUAUAGCUUCUUUAGGAAGGCAGGGCCCAUAACGGUUGCUUUCUUGUCGACUUCGUCCAACGUAUUGCUCCGAUAGCUAGCUCUGGCCCGCUCUCUGUCCGAUACAUGCGACCUCGCACGCUAUAUGCGAUCGCCGCAGCACGCAGCACACUAACCCGUUCCUGAAGCGGAUAUUCAAUGUGUGUAAGUGGAUAAUCUUACGGGGUGGCGAUGUUCGGCUGCCAUCACGAACGACUCUCGGAAGAACGAAUGUUGCUUUUAGGUCGUUCCGGGACUGAAUAAAGAC